GCUGGAAGAGAUUGCUGGCCUUCGCCAUCUGUCGCUCUUUGGGCGGGCAGGCUGGCCAUUGAAUGUGAGCAGUGAGCUGUCACUGCUGAUUGAUGGACACUCGCCUCUGGCCGCGACCCCAAGUGUGGGAAAGUGGCUGAGCGCAGGAACUCACGCAUUCACAUGCUAAUUCAUGGAUAUAAAUAGGAGUUGAGCAGAGAGCGAGAAGGCAUCAUAGCUUCAGCCAGCCUGAAACUAGCUAGCAGCGUGUAGCAAAUCUUUCUUCCAGACUGCAGAUCGGUGGGAAAAUGACGGCCACAACAUAUAGCAACAAUGUGGAAAAACUCUCCAACGCCAAGGAGGAACGGAAGGUAAGAAAAUUAAGAAAACCUCUCAUUGAAAGAAAAAGACGAGAACGGAUCAACAACUGCCUGGAUCAACUGAAAGAAACAGUCGUUGGCGCCUUUCGUUUGGAUCAAUCCAAACUAGAAAAGGCAGACAUCCUCGAGAUGACAGUAAAACACCUUCAGAAUGUUCAAAACAGCAGGAUGAUGGCCGAUACAAAUAUUGGACUUGAAGCUCAGCAGAGAUACAGUGCCGGCUACAUCCAGUGUAUGCACGAAGUUCAUAACCUGCUGUUAACUUGCGACUGGAUGGACAAAACCGUUGGGGCGCGUUUGUUGAACCACCUACUCAAGUCACUGCCUCGAUCCAGCGAAGAUUCGCGCCAGGCCAGACUGAAGAAUCCUCCAGUGAACCUGCAAGCUGCUCAGACUCCGCUCUCCCCGGUGAGCCGCGGGCACAUGCCUUCAAUCAACGCCGCUUCCUCCGGAGCCCUGGAUUCAUUUCCCCGUUCCUCGCCCGAUCAGAUCUGCAAUCCCGGGUUUAAAACGUGCGGGAAAAGCGUGGAACAAUUCCCAAGUCCUACAGCAAACCUUCAGCAGCCCGCCAGCUCUGCUACCCAACAGCUCCAAGAAGACUUGGCCUUAAUGCACCAUCCGUCUGUAGCAUGUGCUGAUGUGUGGAGACCCUGGUGAAGGGACUGACGACUUCUCUAAUUACUAGACUCUCCUUAUGUAUCUCAUAGAUAUGCUUUUCGAAACACUUCCGGGCAAAUCUUGUCCUUUAUGUGUGCAAAAAUCAGGGUACUUCACGCUGAAGGGUGCUUAUCCGUAGCCUGUAUUGUAGAAGGCAUUUACAAUGUUGUAUUCAAUGAAAUACAUCUAAUUUAUUGGAUAGAGUUGCUUGCGGGCUUUUUACUCCCCCCCCCCCCCCCCCCCCACUAUGUUUUGUUAUAUUGCAAUUAACGACUUAAUAAUAAACUUUGAA